AUGUCUGUCAUUCCUUUCGACGAUACCGACGGAAGAGUCGCAUAUGCCGGCUCUUGGACUCGUUUCUCGAGUGGAAACGAGCACCAAGGAAGUGCCGCCUUUACCAACGAAGGCGGCGCGAGCGCAACAGUUCGAUUCCUCGGUAAUAGCAUCACCAUCUACGGCUCCAUCCCUCCCAACACCAUCCAACGCGCAAUCUACGUCCUCGACGACCAGCCUCCGCGCACCUUCACCUCCGACCGCUCCAGCGCCGCACGCUCCCUCGUCGAGUUCAUGUCCUUCACCAACCUAGUCGACCAACAGCACAACCUCGUUAUUACAAACUUGGAUGGCUCGGCAUUGGCCAUCGACAGGAUCCAGAUUACCAGACCGGAGGGCUUGACACCGCCCCAGCCCACAACUUGGAGCGUGACGACGACGACGGGUGGUGUGAGGCCGCCUGUGGGGACUGGUGGAGGGAGUAUUGCUCCCCCCAGCAGUGCGCCAGACCGUGGAGAUCAGAACGAAAACCAGAACGGCGGUGGGACUGACCCGGAAGAGUCGCAGGGAGGGAACAAUAACCCGUCCCAGAGCGCUUCAGGCCCAGGUUUGGGUACAACGCACUCUCCGCGGCCGGAGCCCAGCGAUAGAGCAUCUGGCGCCGUUGGAGACGACGAAACGCAGGGGGAGGUCACUCUAACCAUCUCCGGCCAGAUUGUCGUCAAGCCCACUGGCUCAGGCAGCGGCACUAUCCUCGAACUCUCCGAUACCUCUAACGACGGCGGCAAUGACAAGAGCAGCCAGCCAAACGUCGGUGGGAUCGUCGGCGGAAUUCUAGGAGGGUUGGUCGUCAUCCUCGCUCUUAUCCUGGUGUUCGUGUUGGUUAAGAAGAGGAAGAGGCGACAACGGUUUACGAUGAUGACCGAGAGGACCUUCUUGGGAUGA